AUGGCUUUCAACAUUCCCACGCCGUUACUGCUGGUGUUCUCUGCAGCGCUGCAGGCGGCGGUGUUGCUUGCAGUGGCUCCCCAGUAUUCCCCUGUCGAUGGCUUCAACCUGGCCUUUCUCUGCUUCGCGCUGAUCAACUUUGCAUCGUGGUUCUUCUAUCUUCUGUUCAUCUACCCGAACUUCCUCAGCCCGCUUCGAGAUCUUCCAAAUGCCCCAGGCGCUUAUCCCAUCAUCGGGCAUGCUUUGUCGCAAUUCAAGCCCCCGCGAGGCGCCGACUAUCAGAGAUGGACUCGCGAAAUCCCCAAUGACGGGCUCAUUCGCCUCAGAGGCUUCAUGGAAGGCGACACGGUGCUGGUGACCGGCCCCAAGGCCCUGGCCGAGAUCCUGGUCACCCGGUCGUACGAGUUCCCCAAGGCGGACAGGGACCGGGUCUUUCUCCGUCGCUUGAUCGGUGACGGCCUGGUCGCGGCCGAGGGCGACCAACACAAGCACCAGCGCAAGCACAGCAUGCCCAGCUUUGCGUUUCGCCAGAUCAAGCUCCUGUACACUCUGUUCUGGGAGAAGUCUGUCAAGAUGACCCAGGUCAUAGAUGCCGAAGCCUUCGGGCCGGAGAGUGGGCACGGAGGUGCCGAAAGCCUGCCGCCUGGGGCGGUGGACAUUGAGUACUACGCCCCGAAAACAACGUUGGACAUUAUCGGUGUGGCGGGCUUGGGCCGAGACUUCAACACGCUAGGCAACUCGGACGACGAGAUGGUCAAAAUAUAUGAAGAGCUGGUGCACCCUUCUGUGGGCCGACAGAUCCACGCAGCCGUGUCCCUGCUUGGAAGCAGUGAGCUUGCUUCGUUGCUCUGCCGCCCCGUCGCCCGCGAAUAUGAUAUGCUCAAUGCCCAGCUGAGACUCAUAUGCAGGCAGUUUGUGCGAGAAAAGCGAGAAAGAAUGAAGGAUUCUCAAGACCAAGCCAUCGACACCCUGGCCUCGUUGAUCAAGUCAGACGUAUUCUCGGAUGAAGAGCUUGUAGACCAACUUUUGACCAUCAUAGCGGCUGGCCAUGAAACGACCUCCUCGAGCUUCACAUGGGUGACGUAUCUUCUUGCGCUGCAUCCCGACAUUCAGUCCCGCCUUCGCGCAGAAAUCCAAGCUGCAAUCCCGAACGGAUUCUCGCCUACCAACUCCGAGGACACGAGCAUAGCUUCGGUGCUGGAAUCACUGCCUCUACUCAACGGCGUCUGCAGUGAGAGCCUCCGUGUGCUGCCCGCCGUGCCGGUCACAAUGAGGACAACAAAGCGAGAUACUACCGUGAUAGGACACCUAGUUGCCGCAGGCACCAGGUUUAUCAUGUCUCCUUGGGCCGUCAACAAUGAUCCCGAGUUAUGGGGUCCCGACGCCCACGAGUUCAAGCCGGAAAGAUGGAUCGAUCUCGAGACCGGAAAGCCAAAUCAGACGGGCGGCGCGUCGACCAAUUAUGCAACCCUGACAUUCCUCCACGGCCAGCGGAGUUGUAUCGGGCAGAAUUUCGCACGAGCCGAGCUGAGGGCAAUGGUGGCUGCGUUUGCCGGGGCUUUCGAAUGGGCCCUUCUCAAUCCAAAUGAAAAAGUCGUACCGGCUGGAGUCAUCACAUCGAAACCAAGAGACGGCUUGAAGGUGACGCUGAAGAGAGUAAAGUCGUGGUAG